AUGGCAAUGACAAACAAUAAAACACAUUGUUUUACAUGCAAUAAAGAUAAAAUAACAUAUCCUUGUGAUGGAUGUUUGAAAAAGUUUUGCUUAAUGGAUUUAACAAAACAUCGUCAACUAUUAAAUGAAGAAUUAAAUCAUAUUAUUAAUGAUUAUGAUCAGUUUAAACAAAGAUUCAGUGAACAAAAACCCAGUGUGCACGAUCUUUCAUUAAUAAAUGAAAUUAAUCAGUGGGAAAUAGAUUCAAUUAUAAAAAUUCAACAGAAAGCAAGAGAUUGUAGAAAUAUUAUCAUUGAAUCUUCACAAACAUUUUUGAAUGAUAUUGACAAGAAGUUUAAUGAUUUAAAUGAACAAAUAAAACAGUUUCGUAAUGAAAAUGAAUUUAAUGAGAUUAAUUUAAAUUAUUUAAGAAAUGAAUUAAUGAAAAUUAGCGAAGAAUCAAAUAACCCAUCAACGACUUCUAUUCAGCAAGAUUCUCAACCAUUUAUUAAUGAAAUUUCAGUUAUUUCAUUAGAAAAACCAAAAUUCAAGAAAUGGAAUCAAAAUGCCAUCACUAUGGCUGGUGGAAAUGAUAAGGGAUACAACUUAAAUCAACUCAAUCGUCCCACUGGCAUUUUUAUUGAUAAAAAGAAAAAUAUUUUCAUUGCUGAUUAUGAAAAUCAUCGUGUUGUUGAAUGGAAAUGUAAUGCAAAGGAAGGACAAAUCAUUGCAGGUGGAAAUGGUAGAGGAAAUCGAAUGGAUCAAUUAAAACACCCAACAGAUGUGGUCGUUGAUCAAAAAAAUCAUUCGAUCAUCAUUGCUGAUAGUGAUAACAGACGAGUGAUUCAAUGGUUGAAUCAAAGGCAACAAAUUCUCAUCGCCAAUAUUGACUGUUUUGGUUUGGCAAUGGAUAAAUAUGGAUUUCUUUAUGUUUCAGAUUGGAAGAAGCAUGAAGUGAGACGAUGGAAAAUGGGAGAAUACAACAACGAAGGAAUUAUAGUGGCAGGUGGAAAUGGACAAGGAAAUGAACUGAAUCAACUCAAUAAUCCUACUUUUAUUUUUGUUAAUGAAGAACAAUCUGUUUAUGUAUCAGAUCAAAACAAUCAUCGUGUGAUGAAAUGGAGAAAAAAUACAAAAGAAGGAAGAGUUGUAGCUGGAGGAAAUCUGAAUUACUUGCUUUACCCUCGAGGAAUAACUAUUGAUAAUUUUGGGCAAAUAUACGUAGCAGAUUUUUGUGGUCCUCGAAUAAUGCGUUGGUGUGAAGGAAAAGAAGACGGUGAAAUUGUUAUUAGUGGAAAUAGUACAAAAAAUAAAUCAAAUCAAUUAUAUGGUCCCAUGGGUUUAUCUUUUGAUGAUGAUGGAAAUCUUUAUAUUGUUGCUCGUGACAAUCAUCGAAUUGAAAAGUUUGAGAUAAUUUUGUGA